AGAUGAAGCGAUUUUGUCCACUCAGUUAUGUGAGUGCAAAGCAUAUGUUUUUCGCUUUCUGUAACCUUAAUUUUAAAUCAUGAUGCACUGUACCAUUUUAUUUAUAUUACCAGUAUUAGCAGUAUUUAAACCAACCUUAACGAAUGCAGAAAUCAUAGAUUCAGAUGGCUUUCCUGCAAGAAGUCCUCGCGAGACAAAUGAGGUGGACCCUCUAUCGAGUAUUAAAGAUCUGCUUCGCCAGGCCCGGACGGAAUCUGGAGAUAUAGACCUCAAUUCCCUCCUAUCCGAGAACAUCAACGAUCCAGUGCCUUUAGAAGAUUUCAACGUAUCCAGCAGUGGUUUCAUCUCAGAAAUAAACGGUCGAUUUUCUGAAUUGCACCUACAUGGGCUUAAAGGAUUCGUGGUGGACAAGUUGGCGAUUAACUUGGCCGAAAUGAACCUUUCGGCAGAGAUGUCAGUACCUAUGUUAAGCAUCGUUGGCGAAUAUUUCUUGCAAGGAUCGGUAACAUUUUUACCACUUUCUGGAGAAGGUCCUUUCUAUAUGAAUCUAUCUUCCAUCGUUCUCAAAGGUUAUUCCAUAAUUAAGAGCUCCCCCAGUGGUAAAUUAAUAAUGGAUAACAUCAAUCUGAGCAGCGAUGUGGGGAAAAUAGAUCUUCAUUUUGAGAACCUCAUGGGUGGUGGAGCAUGGGGCAGUAUUUCUAAUAGCCUACUAAACCAACUUAGUGAACUCAUUCUAGGUGAACUGAAACCCUCAUUACUAAGAGAAUUGGCAUCUUAUCUUAAAUACGUAUUCGACGACGUAUUGUUUCAGCAGCUUCCAGCUGGCUUCAUGGAUCCCACAUCCACAAAUCUUGUUGAUAGUAUUUUGGAGCAGUCUUCGUCCUUCUUGAAGGAGAAAGGUCUGGAACCUCUUCCUCUUCCAGAUUACAAAGAAAUUUACGAAAAGCGCCUUCUUUUUGUAAACACACGAGGUGAGCUUAACAUUUUCAAUGGAACCUUGCAUGGUCUGUCGACUCUAGUCCGUAAAGGUGACGUCAUCACUGUUUUCGCUAAUAAUUCCUUAAUUUUCGAAGCUGAUUUCGAAUUUAAGAACCUAACUGGUAGCUACGAAUGGCUAGCGGACAUUUUGGGUGCAGAAAAGCAAGGUCGCAUGGAAAUACAAGUGAAAUCCGUAGACGGUUUUAUAAGAAUCAAACAAGAACUGAAAGUUGGCAGUAGACUGGAGCUAGACAAUUUCUAUAUCAAAGGUAUACGACAUGUGUGGUUAGAUCUACAAGGUUUGGGAAAUUGGGAAUAUGUGAUGGAGUCUAUCAUAAACCUCAUAACCAAUGGCCUGAAACUGCAAUUAGCUGAUGCUAUUGCAGUUCCUUUGGAAGAGAGUAUCCAAGAACAGCUCGAUCAACUUAAUUUGAUAUCAAAUGCCUGAAACAUUGCAUUCACAGUGCGAAAUGACUUUCGAUAUUGAUAGCUCAUUUCACUGCAAGAACAAAAUGUGGACAGCGUUUUAAAUAUUUUUUUUUGUUUCAUUGAAUAUGGAUUUUAAAUAAGGCAUCUUUAAAGCGAUGCAUCUUAAUAAAUUAUUAUGUUACUCUGAUCAGAUCAGAUGUUACAAAAAAAAAUUACACUUCUUGUGUAUUUUUUUGAAAUUUAAUAACAAAACAGCAUGACUUUAUUUAUCGGACAGUUUUCUUCAGUCAUUUUAAUUCAGUUUUUAAAUAUGUUAUUCAUUUUUCAAACUGGAACAUUCAGGUUUCGCUUUUUCAACAUAAAACUUCAGAAAUAUUUUGCAAAUAUUGUAAUUUUCUGGGGAAAUCAAGUAAACAGGCUUGGCUUAAUAUGUACAUGAUAUGAUAUACAUAAUAUAAUAUUUCAUUUUAAAUUUAUUAAUUUGUGUUAGAGUUUAAAAUGUAAUGAAAUGUUCUUCGGAACUUGUCAUCAAAUGCUCUAGAGCUUAAUGAAAAUAAAUAAAUAAAUAAAAAUAUGAAUAAAAAAAUCAUCCUACUGUAUGUAGAAAGAUAUAUACAAGAAGCUCAGUGUAACUUAUUUCCUUUAAGAAAUCUUUUCACAUACACACACACACGCACGCACGCACGAAAGCACACGCACACAAUCAACUGAAAUGUGUCAAUUUUAAUUUUGAAAUUCAGUUUCGAGUCUUUUAUAUGCUGCUUGUAGUUAUUAUAUUUUUAUCGAAGUCAAAUAAUCAAUAAAACGAUAGAUGCAUUUAUUUUUGUAAUGUGGCUGUGAUGUUAUGUGUAUUGAUUCCAUUAUAUUAACCCUCAAACGCAAAAUACCAAACAGUAUAGUUACGAUAUCUAUCUUCAUGAUAUUUUCCGAUAUUCAGAAUAUUGAACAUCAUAGAGAUAACUUAUAAUAUUUUUAGCCAUUGAAAUGAUUAUAAAAUGAAUUGUAUUAAUUCCUUAAUAUCGCUGUUAACACUUCAGAGAAAGAAAAAAGUAGCUGAUUUCUCAUAUGAACUCGAUUUUGUUCACUCACCUUAUUUAAAAUUAAAAAAAAAAUACUAUCAUUAUCUCAACGUUAUUAUAAAUUGUAGUAAUAGUAAUUUUUUUUAUUAACUAUUCAAUUUAUGAUACGAUUUUUUCGUUUUCUGAUAUAACAAUGCUAUUUGUAUUCUAGCAUAUUUGCACUUUUUAUUUCUCCAUUAUAUA